ACUUGAUAUUUCUUCACCCAACACCACCAUCGAAAUCAAACAAAUGAAGAUGGAACCCUCUUCCUGCAAAUGGAAAACCCUAAUAAUAGCAUUGGGGUGUAUCUUCUUCGUUAACGUGUCUCUGUCGAGUGCUCAGCUCUCUCCCUCUUUCUACGACAAAACAUGCCCUAAGGUCUUCGAUGUCGUAAGCAACACCAUCGUCGACGCCUUGAGAUCCGACCCUCGCAUCGCCGCAAGCAUCCUCCGUCUCCACUUCCACGACUGCUUUGUCCAAGGUUGCGAUGCAUCGCUCCUGUUGGACACCACGACGUCGUUUACGACCGAGAAAGACGCGUUGGGGAACGCAAACUCAGCUCGAGGGUUCGACGUGAUCGAUACAAUGAAAGCCGCUGUGGAGAGAGAGUGCCCAAGAGUCGUUUCUUGUGCCGACAUGCUCACCAUCGCUGCCCAAAAGUCGGUCGAAUUGUCGGGAGGCCCUUCGUGGAAAGUUCCGUUGGGAAGAAGGGACAGUUUACGGGGGAACGUGACACUUGCAGACGAACGGCUUCCUGCCCCCUUCUUCACUCUCCAACAACUCAAAGAUAGCUUUAGAGCCGUUGGACUCGAUCGAGCUUCCGAUCUUGUCGCCCUUUCUGGUGGCCACACAUUCGGCAAGAACCAAUGCAGAUUCAUAAUGGACCGUCUAUACAACUUCAGCAACACAGGCGAACCAGACCCAACCCUCGACCGAUCCUACCUCAGGACACUCCGACAGCUCUGCCCGCAGAACGGAAACCUGAGCGCCCUCGUCGAUUUCGAUCUCAAGACGCCGACGGUUUUCGACAACAAAUACUACCAGAACCUCAAGGUCGAAAAGGGUCUGAUCCAAAGCGAUCAAGAGCUCUACUCCUCGCCGGACGCGACCGAUACGGUUCCAUUGGUGGAUCUGUACAGGAAAGACCAGAAAGCGUUUUUCAAUGCGUUCAUCGAGGCGAUGACGAGGAUGGGGAAUAUUACGCCUCUCACCGGAAAUCAGGGAGAGAUAAGGGUGAGCUGCAGGGUGGUGAACUCGAGACGUAUGGAAGAUAUUGAUAACGUGAUUGAAAUGGUCACUUCUAUGUGAUACUACUAUAUGUUAUAACAUCGUGGCAUGGCUAACUAUGUAUGAAAUAAAUUCCAAAAAAAAAAUGUUGAGUGUUGAGUUUUAGUUUGGGGUGUAAUAAAAAUGUUGUCCUUCUGUGUUUUUUUCCUCUUGUGGUAUCUUUUAUGUCAAUGUUUUGGUUAUAAUAAAUGUCAAAUUCAUCCCAA